UACAUCUAUCAUCAAUUCCAAAUCUGUAAUUUAUUUAGUUUUCUCCACCAAACCUUCAAACCUUCAAGGGAAGAAGACAGAUUAAUAAUCUCUCCACCACCAUAAAGGAGGGAGACCAGAAGAGCUUCCAUCAUGAUGUCUCGUUUCAGCAAAACUUGUUUAGCCCUAACUUUCUUCACAGCAGCUCUCUUCCUCACUUGGCACGCAUAUGCCGUGAAAUCACUGUUUCAUCCCAGGGACAUACUUCCCCUCUUGCCCAGACAAAUCUCAUGGCCGAUUCUCAACUCUCUCGGCGGAGCAGUUGACCUCUUGCCCUCUUUCAUCGGAGCCGCCGCUUCCAACUCCAACCAAACCCUCAAUUGGAAAGGGACUUGCUUUUCCGAGAACACCGCUUGGAUGGAGUUUCACAAUAAAAGCAACAGCAAAUUCGGCGGUGGCACUCUUCAUAUCAAGGUCAAUAAAGCCCACAGUUGGACGUGUAUGGAUAUUUAUAUAUUUGCAACUCCUUAUCGAGUUACAUGGGAUUACUAUUUCAUUUCGCGCAAUCACACCCUUGAAUUCGAUGAAUGGGAAGAGAAGGAGGAGUAUGAAUACGUGAAGUAUAAGGGAGUGUCGAUCUUCCUAAUGCAAGCGGGGAUGUUAGGAACCUUGCAAGCAUUGUGGGAUGUUUUCCCCUUGUUUACAAAUACUGCUUGGGGAGAGAAUUCUAACCUCAGGUUUCUCGAGAAGCAUAUGGGGGCAACUUUCGAAGCAAGGCCUCAGCCGUGGGUAACAAACAUGACUGUCGAUGAUAUUCAAUCGGGAGAUUUCUUUGCCAUAUCCAAAAUUAGAGGUCGUUGGGGUGGUUUCGAAACACUUGAGAAAUGGGUCACUGGAACUUAUGCAGGUCAUUCUGCUGUUUGCUUAAGGGAUAGUGAAGGAAAACUAUGGGUUGCUGAAUCUGGACACGAAAAUGAAAAGGGUGAAGAUAUCAUAGCAAUAUUGCCAUGGGAAGAGUGGUGGGAAUUUGAACUUACUAAAGACGACUCUAACCCACACAUCGCUUUGCUCCCUUUGCAUCCUGAUGUUCGGGCCAAAUUCAACGAGACUGCUGCUUGGGAAUAUGCUCGAAGCAUGUCUGGUCUGCCUUAUGGCUAUCACAACAUGAUAUUUAGCUGGAUAGACACCAUUAGCGGAAACUACCCUCCUCCUUUGGAUUCUCAUGUGGUUGCUUCUGUGAUGACAGUUUGGGCUAAGUUACAGCCUGAAUAUGCAGCCAAUAUGUGGAACGAGGCUUUAAACAUGCGACUUGGAACUAAGGGUCUUGAUCUUUCUGACAUUUUAGUGGAAAGUGAAAAGAGAGGAUCAUCUUUCGAUGAAUUAUUGGCCAUACCAGAGCAAGAUGAUUGGGAAUAUAGUGAUGGAAAGUCAACAUCAUGCAUCGCUUUUGUUCUUGCACUGUACAAGGAGGCGGGACUUUUUAGUCCUUUCACAGAUUCCAUUCAAGUUACCGAGUUCUCAAUAAAAGAUGCAUAUUCACUAAACUUCUUUGAGAACAAUUCAAGCAGACUGCCAAAGUGGUGCAAUGAUAACGACAGUGUGAAAUUACCCUUUUGUCAAAUUCUGGGAAAGUACAGAAUGGAAUUACCUGGAUACAACACCAUGGCUCCAUACCCACAUAUGAACGAGAGGUGUCCAUCUUUGCCCCCAAAGUACUCGAGGACCGAGGGUUGCUGAAGAAAGGCUUUUCCCGGGUCAGUCUCCUGUCUAUCUGUCUGUCGUCCCCCCUGUAUAUAUAGAUUACAAGUUGAUGGAAGGAUUCAGUAAAAUAGAACGAACGCAUAAGUAUUAAGCAAAGUGAACAGAUGCAGACUGUAAAGUAGAAGUUAUUUGACUGAUUGUGCAUUUUGUUGUAUAUUGUAUUGGGCUCAUAUAUGGUUAACAAACAGCUUAUGUAUUCUCCUGUUAA